GUUGUCAAACUUAAGCCAACUUUAACUUUAGCCAACUUUAACGUGCAUUGGGAAUGUAUUCGCAUCUGACUUUAGCCACGAAGUAGGUAUGUUGGAUCCACUGAAUACAACAGCGUUCAAUGUUUCCUCUGGUGAGCAGGAGAUCGAGAAUUGUUUCAUGACAUACAUCGUUCGCAAGCCAUCGACAUCGUAUAUUAUAAACAGCAUAUUUGGUUGCAUCGUAAACGCCAUCUUAGCAAUUCUAGGGACAUUUCUGAAUGCUCUGGUCGUGGCCGUUUUCUGGAAGGCACCGAAAUUACGAAACAAGGUGACCUAUUUUAUGAUAAUGCUCUUAUCCUGUAUUGACAUGUGUGUGACAAUAAUCGUUCAUCCGCUUCAUUUGGUCAAUUCGAUAGCUGAGAUUACCCAGACUUCGAAGUGUAGUUACAAAAUGGUUUACCAAACGUCAGCAGUUAUGUUAUCAGGGAUGUCAUAUCUUACAUUUUUUGUUAUGAAUAUCGAGAGAUACCUGUCAAUUUGUCGACCAUUUUGCCAUAUGAGAAACGUGACUAAAGAGAGAUGUUUCAUACUAAUGGUAUGUCUCUUGCCGAUUUCCAUAGGGACAGGAAUCGCUCCCAUAUUUGGCGUAGACAUUCAACCUAUUGUCACAGCCCUUGCAGUGUUUAUUCUAGGAGGAACUUUUUUUAUAUAUCUGUCAAUAUAUAAAGUGGCCAAGAAAGGACGAACUUCACGAUUACGUUCAUCAAGUCGUACUGGCCAAGACGCGUUCUCAGUCACAGUAAAAGAAACAAUAUCUACACUUGAAUCACGUGACUCCACUCGGCCAAGAAAAGCAAUCUCACUUUUUGACGAUUUACAACUUUCAAAAAUGUAUGUAAUUGUGGUUUUUUCUACCAUCCUCCUAAAUCUACCAAACGUGCUAGUUUUAGCUUUGUUUAGUAAGCGAGUCGAGACUCUAGAUGGAGUAGUUCAAGCUAAAAUCUGGACACUAACAUUGGUUGCAAUAAACUCAACUUUCAAUUCAGUGGUUUUCUUCUGGGGCAAUGGAAUACUACGAAGUGAAGGUUGGAGACUGUGCGAAAAAUGUUUCAGAUUUUGAACGACUGAACACUAUGAUGAGCGAAUAUAAUGAACAAUUAUAAUGAACGAGUGAACAUUAGUAUUGAAAAUACCCUUGUAGACUGUUGUAGUUUUAAUAGUAACACUCCGGAUAACUCUGCUAUGAAGGCUCUGACACGCAGCCAGAGGCAGAUAUAGUUCAUGUAUUACGCAACUUAUCGACCUGACGCGAGUUUUUAGGAAAACAAUACUUACGUCAGCACUGUACGGCCAGGUUGGAAUCCGUAGGUGUUACGCUGGAUAUCUCCGGCGUAAAAUGUUAUUGCUAUUUUACGCCAUCGGCGGGCGUGCGGAGCCAAUGAAUGAUCACCUGAUCAUCGGCGGGGCGUAAAACGCCGUAAAAUUCUUAAACUAUGACGAUUAAAGAAUUUUCUGAUAAAAAUAAUGAUACCAAAUUAUUUAUAUUGCCAGUUGGUCAUUAUGUUUGGCAUGAUGUUGAUUUUUUUAACACUGAUCGACGAUAUGACGAAAUAGAAAUGAUCUUGAAUUUUGAAACUUGUAUGAAAAAAGUGGAAACACAGAAUCACAGAUUUCAUGCCAUGUGCCGUUUAUAUAUUCAUCAAUAUUCAUUGUUCGUCAAGGUAACUGAAAUAAGUUGUUUUUUUAUUUACUCUGGGUAAUAAUACACCUUCGUUUAGGUAAUCUGAGUCAUCAACGUAGUUAUAUUUUCAAUUUUUGUGUUCCGACUAUUCAGUUUUGCAUCAAAAUUUAUAUACUUUAUCGGCGCCUUUAUUAAAAUUACCUUUUAUUGAAUUUUUUCUGUGUUGGUGUAGUGUACUCAGGUGAAUAUGAAGUUUGUGGUGUUACUCUGAGUGUAUAUCCACACCGGGCGAGCUUGAAAAAAUAUGCCCGGCCACGGUGGGAUUCGAACCUACGACCUUUGGAAUACUAGCCCAAUGCUCUUCCAACUGAGCUACGCGGUCAGGACGGUUCGAGUAAGUGAUAUUUCGGAACAGAAUCUAGUUCCUUCGAUACCAAUGUAUUCUAGUAAUUGUUGGUUUAAUUUUAUAGAAUAUAGAUUUUAUACAAAAGAUCAUUAAAAUAUAGGCAAUAUAACUUUCUUUUCAGUUACAUGAAAAUCAAGCAUAUAUUUAAAUUUCUUUGAAUGGCUGAAAAAGGUAAGAACAAAAAUGAGAAAAAUAUGUGUAAUAUAACUAUAAUAUAAGAGUAGGUUUAUUGGUUUAAUAUAAUAUAAAUAAAAUACAGUAUUAUGUCUUAUUUUUAGUGUUAAAAUGUGUGACAUGUGAAAAGGAAACAUCGGGUGCCCAUUCAUGCAGAAUUUGUAAAUUGACAUGUCAUGCAAUAUAUCUCCAUCCUGCAAUACUGUUGUUCAUGAGGAAGAGGGUUUUGGAAAAAGUGUAAUUUGUCAGAAAUGUUCUGGAGGUAAAUCUGAUAAUGGGUAAAUGAUCUAAUUAAUGCCUAUGAUAAAUAAAUAGCUUAAACCAGUACAAUUUAACUUAAUUUAAUUUGGUUUGUCACACACCUAUAUAACAUACAAAUAAAGAGAAUUUUGACUGGAAAGAGAAAAGGAUAAAUCCCAAUUGAUUUAUUGAUAACUUCACCCUGUAUAACAGUAUUAACAGAUGCCCUAAUCAGGUCAACCCAUACCCCUUUGUCUAAUAUUAAUAGCCCUCUUUAAGACAAUCUUUAUCUAAUAAAUAGUGCCCCCUUUUAACUCUAAGAAAUUAAGAAUUUGAUUAAGUUUGUCAUUUUUAAAUAAUAUAAUAUAUAUUCAGCCUUAGCACGCACUGAUGACACAUUUGAUGUCGUAAUUUGGGAUCCUCCAUACUGGAUUGAUCUGGCCAUGAGGAUGUCAAAGAUGGAAAAAUCAGUGAGGAUGCUUUUUCAUAUCUCAAAAGAAUUAUCAAGAGAACAAUGGAACUCCACACGAAGUUUAACCGUGGAAAAAUGUUUCAACAAGUUAAGUCCGUUGCCAACCAUAAUGCCUACGGUAAAGAUGUUAAAUUUAGAGUUCUGUCCCGUACGUGUGGAACCAGGUUUAGUACGUCGCAGUACAGUGAGUUCCUCAAACUCACUGAGAGCCUUCCUCUGUAUAUCGAUACAUUCAGAAAGUAUGGCUACGAUGAGGAUGAGUACGAAAUCGCAGGAAAAGACUUUGUGGUGUAUCUUCUUGCUUUGACAGAUCUUAUGCGGCCAAUGGUUGACUUACUAGUCAGUCUUCAAGGUUUGUCCGUCCCAUCGUGGAAAAUCUGCCUUUGGUGGCCAAAAGUCAGACAACGUAUCCAGAAAUGUAUUCCAAUUUCAUUUGAUUCUCCUGACCUUCCAUUGACAUCAAAUAAUAUAAGAGAUAUCAGGAAAGGGAAAUUUAAGGGAACAAAAGUUGUACCUGGAUGGCUCAAAGUUGAGAAGAAUGUCUUUGAAGAAAUGUCUGAUGGGAAGAAAACUAGAACAACCAAAUGGCGUGCUCGAGAUCUUAAGGACCGCCGAGUGGACUUGGAGGUUUUUUGUGUCGCAAUGAUUAAGUCAAUGGUUCUUCGAUUUUCUGUUAAAUCUGUUAAACGCAUGCAGAAACAAAUUGUAGCAGUUGACCUUGACGAGCUAAUUUCAUUGUGUUGUGGUCACAAAAAUCUAACUGCCGUUGUCGUUGAUGAGGUAAAGUUUGAAAACUAUGGAAAUCAAGAAUAUACCUGUCCUUCUGGACCUAUAUUUGCAGUCUUCCUCACAUCAAGAAUUUAUAUGGAUUGUUCAAAGGGGAACUCAGUCACAUUGUGCACCGCAACGUCAAACAAGCCCUUAAAUCGAUUAUUUGGGAGAAAAAGUACCGCGAAAUCAUGAAGCAAUGGUUCAAUGUUCUCCCUGAUAAUGAUGGGCAAAAUGAUGGGAUUGCUAAUGAACCCCUUUGUAAUUUUUCCAUUCUUGAUGAUACGGAAGCUCGCGCUUGUCUUGAACUUGGUGUAAAUUGUCUCCCAUUACAGAAUGUCUAUAGAAUGGAGUUCCAAAACGGUAAUUAUUCGUGUGGAUUAACUAUAAUAGCUUUUUGAAUAUAUGUGCAUAUAUAUUUUAUUUAUUCCUUUUUCAGGAAAGAUAGCUUUGACUGUGGUUAACGAAGACAAAGUGUAUGAGACCAUAUACACAAAUAAAACGGUCUAUUCACUUAUUGGGCCCGAGGGAUGCAUUGCUGUGGACAUUUCUCUUGGUAAGGGAGGCACCGUGAGGCUGUAGUGGAAAGUGUGUAUUCCGCUAUGGGAUCGCAGAAUCAAUUGGGCCCAAUUACGAAUGAAACCUUAACAUUGAGGUACAGUUCAACUUUAUUCACAAUACAAACUUAGCUUGAAAGAUUAAGCAUUUGUAAAUCAAGUGUAAGAUUAUUAACUUACUUACUGCGUGAUUAUUAAACUAAUAAACUUCAAAACAGCUACUUAACAUCCAAAAACAUCCAAUUUUUGAAGGACAAAAAUUAACUGGUGCAUGCCAACCGCAUUGACAGCCGAGCGAGCAGUGAAGGAAAUUGCUAACAUAUACAUCAAAAGCGACAAAGAAAAGGGGCUAAAGGCCCACAUUUUGCCUGUUAUUCAGAGCGCCGUUCGUGGAAAUCGGCGAGUCAAUAUUGUAUAUACUUAUAAUAAUAAAAAUGCUGAUGUUCUUCACAAGUAUUUUAAAUUUAUAUACGUAUUGAAUUUAACACUUUUGCAGGUAUCACCACUGCAAAGUUAUUGACAGCAAGACCCAAGACUGUCAGAUUGCCUUUUCUGCUAUAAAAAAACUAUAAGUAUAAAUAAUUCAGUUUUAUUCAACAGAAUAAUACGGAUUGUGAUAAAAGAGUUUGUGUCUUGUGAUAAUUGUUAAUUGAUAUUAGCCAUUUCCCAAUCGAGUACAGGACUGGGUCUAGUCGCUUGUUUGGUUUGUUUGAAGUUUUCCUACAUUCCUAAAGUUAUUUAUUGCCGCCUGAAACGCAACAAUUAUGAUAAGGCAUCUUUUAAUACAAUAUUUAGCUCGCUCACUAUAACUUGUUGACAUGUUGUCCCUCCAAACGUCCCUUCAAACAUCAACUAUACUCAGUCCUCUGCCCGAUUGGGAAAUGGCUAAUUGUUGAUGUUGUUCUAAUUUUGGUUGUUACUGGUUAGUCGACAUUGAAGAAAUUUAUGGACAGUUUCCAUACUUAUUAAUUCUGAUAGUGGUGCGUACCGUAAUAUACACAUAGCCUCUACUUCAUAUACUCUUGAAGUUUGUAUAAAAAUGAAUAUAAUUCAAGAGGUAUAAGAUUGAAGUAAAGACCGUGUUUGCGUAAUGCUGCUGUAGUUAAUGCUUUGUACAAUACAUCUCGACUGUACUAUUUUAAGGUCUUGAGCUUUUUGGAUAUUUAUUUGAAAUGGUACUCUUCAUACCGACUGGUCCGGUGAUAUUUUGUGGCGAUUUCCGUUCGCAUUAAAAAUCGUCCAUUAGUAUAUUUCCGAAUGUGGCGUAAUUAGUCGGUGUCCAUUUGGCGUAACCUCCGGCGUAAAAUAUUGACGGAUUCCAUACUGGCUGUACGGUAAGGUGUGUAAGGAGUAACUGUAAUAAAACUUUAAAACCAUGACUGUAAACUGCACAGGGAGCGGAGUCGACUAAAACAAGACAAACGCCGUCUUACCUUGUUAAUUGUAAUAUCUUUCAUUAUAGAAUCCCCAUGCAUGUGCGCAUUAAAAAUGCAUAUUUUACAAUUUGGUAAUGGUAAUGGUAAUGGUAGUGGUAAUGGUUUAUUGACACAUUUAGUAGCAGUUACGCUAAUUUACAAAGUGUUUACAAUAUUUGGAUAUAAAAAGGGUAUAUAUUCUAUUUGUUUACAUAUCAUUCAUUAAAUCUAAAAUCUUUCUAAUCUAUAUCUAUUUACGUUA